UAGGGAACAGUGAGCAGCCAGUGAAGCAUCCAGCCUGCCGAACAAGCUUGCUUUUAGGGUCAGGAACUGGUCUGACAAGAGAAUGGCAAUCCUGCCUUUAAACUGUCAUUAGGACUGUACGGCUGACGAUGAAUCCAGCAGAGCUGCGGGCCCAAAGGCGAAACACUCAGCAAGAGAAUGUGAAGACAUAUUUCAGGACAUUGUGAGUGCUACUAAAGAUGUCUGAUAGUGUCGAUAUUGAAGAGAAACCACCAGCCCCCCCCUUGAGAAUGAACAGUAGUUCCCGAGACUCUUCAUCGCUGAAUCACGCCUCUAAACCGCUUCCAAUGGCUCCUGAAGAGAAAAACAAGAAAGUCCGCCUGCGCUCCAUUUUCCCCGGGGGAGACAAGACAAACAAGAAGAAGGAGAAGGAACGUCCUGAGAUAUCCCUACCCUCAGACUUUGAACACACCAUUCAUGUUGGCUUUGAUGCUGUAACAGGAGAAUUCACAGGUAUCCCGGAGCAAUGGGCACGGCUCCUACAGACCUCGAACAUCACCAAGCUGGAGCAGAAAAAGAACCCGCAGGCCGUGUUGGACGUCUUAAAGUUCUACGACUCCAAAGAGACCGUCAACAACCAGAAAUACAUGAGCUUCACCUCGGGAGACAAGUCGGCACAUGGGUACAUAGCAGCAAACACUCUGAACCGACUGCUGUCAUCUGGGCCUCCUGUCAGCCUUAGAACCUGCAGCGCAUUAUUUGACAAGGGUGCCAAAACAUCAUCGUCAGAGCCGCCAAUCGCUCCACCUGUGUCAGAAGAGGAGGAUGAGGAAGAGGAAGAAGAGGAGGAGGAGGAGGAAGAAGAGGACGACGACGAUGAACUGCCCCCGGUCAUCGCUCCCCGGCCCGAGCACACCAAAUCUAUCUACACGCGCUCUGUCAUGGACCCACCAAAGCCUCCCACCCCUGUGAAAGAAGUGGUGACUCCACCGGAGUCGCAAGUCCAGCCGGAGAACACGUCCAACACGAUGUAUCGCCACACUGACCGCCAGAGGAAGAAGUCCAAAAUGACAGAUGAGGAGAUUCUGGAGAGACUCAGGAGUAUUGUGAGUGUGGGGGAUCCCAAAAAGAAGUACACGCGCUUCGAGAAAAUAGGACAAGGAGCGUCUGGCACUGUGUACACUGCCAUCGACAUAGCAACUGGCCAAGAGGUGGCCAUCAAGCAGAUGAACCUGCAGCAGCAGCCCAAGAAGGAGUUGAUCAUCAAUGAGAUCUUGGUGAUGAGGGAAAACAAAAACUCCAAUAUAGUGAACUACCUAGACAGUUACUUGGUAGGAGAUGAGCUGUGGGUGGUGAUGGAGUAUUUGGCCGGUGGCUCGUUGACAGAUGUAGUGACUGAGACCUGCAUGGACGAGGGCCAGAUUGCUGCAGUCUGCAGAGAGUGUCUUCAAGCCCUGGAUUUCCUACAUUCUAACCAGGUGAUCCAUAGAGACAUAAAAAGUGACAACAUCCUCUUGGGUAUGGACGGAUCUGUCAAGCUCACCGACUUUGGCUUCUGUGCCCAGAUCACUCCAGAGCAGAACAAGCGCAGCACGAUGGUGGGAACGCCCUACUGGAUGGCACCAGAGGUGGUGACUCGAAAGGCUUACGGCCCCAAAGUGGAUAUCUGGUCUCUGGGGAUCAUGGCGAUAGAGAUGGUGGAGGGAGAGCCACCCUACCUGAAUGAGAAUCCACUCAGGGCGCUGUACCUGAUAGCUACCAAUGGGACACCAGAGCUGCAGAACCCAGAGAGACUGUCGUCUGUGUUCAGAGACUUCCUCAACCGCUGUCUGGAGAUGGAUGUGGACCGCAGAGGCUCUGCCAAGGAGCUGCUCCAGCAUUCCUUCCUCAAGCUGGCGAAGCCUCUAUCCAGCCUGACGCCUCUGAUUGUAGCUGCGAAGGAAGCCAUAAAGAACAGCAGUCGCUAGGGUGUGCCCUCUGUCCCCACCCGAGGCUGGAGCCCUGCCUGUGAUGUGUGCGUUCAUGGGGGCAGGGGCUUGGGUGUAUGGGUGGUGGGUGACGUGACAGUGACAGCACAAGGAAGGGGGGAUUUGUGUGACUUACCGUGACAGCACAAGGACAAAAGACCCCCAGGCCUCAUAUGUAGGACGGACAUCUGGCCUCGCAGCCUCUCGGCCCAUGCUGCUGAAAAGACCUUGCCUCCUCGUUUACUUCUCCAGCACUCUGUACAUGUAGAGCAGUCCAUCACAAGUAUGUGUGAGUGUGCGUGGGUGUGUGUGUGCGUGCGUGUGUACCAACUGUGCACAUCUCUUUGUGUCAUAUGUCUUGUUCGGCAGCAGUUGCUCCCCAAAGCAAGAAAAUACGGUGAAAAAAUCGAAAAGAAGGUGUGCUCACUUUCAAGAAGAAACAUCAGGAGCGAGGAGCCCAUGAUUCCUUCCCUGCCCGGCUUUAGGCUUGGUUCUCUUUCCUCUAGUCCCUCCAUGGAGCACAAUCAGGCCGCGCUUGUACCUGCAGUGACCAGCUGAUGUGAAAGAGUGACUCUGGGAGUCUGGACGCAACCUUUGCCUGCAUGACUACGGCUCUGUGGAGAAACACUGCUACUCCUCUGCAGAUUGUCACAUCUCAAGGUGGCAUAUUUAUGUAUAUAUGUGUGUGUGUGUGCGUGCGUGUGUGUGCGUGUGUGAAUGAGUGUAGGGGUGCGGCUACAGGGGAAUAAGUCAGGAAUAAUUUCACAUGACCUAAGCCAGCUUUAAACAUCCUUCAUCACGAGAUACAGGUCCCGUAUUUCAUUUGAGCCAACUUCUUUCAGGCAGGCUCUGUCACAGAGUCACUGGAGUUCAGGCUAGCUGCAGUUAAUUUGCGCAUUUUCCCCCUAAAGCUUCCUACGUAUUAUCAGACCUAAUGUUCUGAAUAUGUAAAAAUAUUGAGACACUGUUGGGGCUCAGUUUGCGGACUUAAAACGUUGAAUUUAAAAUGUGUGACUCGAUAUAAUCUAUACAUACUGAAUCUAAUUUUUGUGAUCUAGUUUGAGACACUUGAUUGCAUUGACAUGUAGACAAUGUGUCACGCAUUUAAAUCCAUUUAAAUAGUACUGAAGACUCUCCGUACUCCAUGUGGAGGGAGUAAUCAGAAUGACUAAAAUAUUGUCAGCUUCACAACCAAUGCAAGCAAUUUAUCUGCAGAUUCAACAGAUAAUUCUGCAUGCAAACAUGAACCGUAGCAUCCAUUGUGUACAAGCAUCUCAAACAGGAUUAUCCACAGAUAUUCAGUAUGUGUUGCUCUCUGUACCAGGCUUUGGGUAGACAAUGCAACAUCUAUCUUAAAGGUCCAGCACGUAGGAUUUAGGGCCAUCUGUUGGCAGAAAAAUGUAUAAAAUAUUUAUGUCAUAAUUGUUUAUAAUCACCUGAAAUGAAGAAUUGUUGUUUUUGUUACCUUAGAAUGAGCUGUUUAUAUCUAUAUACGGAGCGGGCCCUCUUCCACAGAGUCUGCCAUGUUGCUCUACAGUAGCCCAGAACAGACAAACCAAACACUGGCUCUAAAUAGGGCCAUUUGUGCUUUUGCGUUUCGUGUCCACCACUUUAGUUCUCCUACAUGCUUGGCACACAGAAGAAGGUGAAGCUCUGCAACCUUACCGCUAAAUGCCACUAAAUCCUACACACUGGACCUUUAUCUGACAAUUAGGUACGACGUAGAAAGAAAAUACUACAUCAGGGACUCAACAGAAAUACAAAUGUUUUCACUUGUAAUUGUAUAUUUAGUGAGGGAUUGUCCUUUUUAAGGUGCUGGCACACAGUGAACCAACAUUUCAGCCUUUCAAAUAAGCUUUUUUUUCUACAACAGUGGCAAACAGAAGGUUGUAUAAUUAUUUACCUACAGUGAGUUGAAGGUCUAGUGCCACACAUUCUCACAGUUUCCCAUAGUGCCCCACACAUCCCUGUGACCUUAAAUCUAAAGAAGAAAAGAUGAUUGACAAAAUUUAUAAAUUAUUUAAUCAGUUUUUGUGGUCAAGAGACUGAACUUUAAACAUGAAUAGAGAUCUAAAAUUUGGCUAAAAGGAAAAUGAGUCCUCUUUUCUUUUAGAAAUCAUCAUUAAGACUUAUCUUAUAUUUCAGAACACAUUAUAAGACUGUGACUUGAUGUUUGGAGUUAAUGCCAACAGAAACCUGGCCUACCUGCUCAGGUGAGGCAUCCAUGUCUAACGAGGCACCAGCUGUCCUCCUCGUCCACCUGCUCCCUCCCUCCCUGUCUUCUCCUUUAUAAGCUGCUGCUCAUUCAUGCUUCAGUGUCCUUUUGUCUUUUAAUGGCGUCUUAUGUGUCUUCUUUCAUAUGAUCUGUACGUUUUUGUGCUGAGUUUUUUGGAACGCGUG